UUGUCAUCAUGAGCCUAUCUCACUUUUCAGCUAAAGACCGUCCCAGGUUCUUGUCAUCAUGAGCCUAUCUCACUUUUCAGCUAUAGACCGUCCCAGGUUCUUGUCAUCAUGAACCUAUUUCACUUUUCAGCUUUAGACCGUCCCAGGUUCUUGUCAUCAUGAGCCUAUCUCACUUUUCAGCUAAAGACCGUCCCAGGUUCUUGUCAUCAUGAACCUAACUCACUUUUCAGCUUUAGACCGUCCCAGGUUCUUGUCAUCAUGGGCCUAAUUCACUUUUCAGCUUUAGACCGUUCCAGGUUCUUGUCAUCAUGAGCCUAUCUCACUUUUCAUAUUUAGACCGUCCCAGGUUCCACUACGUCAUCAGAUACCAAACUAUCGUGUUCAUAACUUCAACUGUCUGCUGUUUUCCCACAUUGUUGAGAUUUCGAGCAACAAGCAACAAUGAAGACGGCCUGUGUAGUCCUUGUUCUGGCUAUACUAGGAGGUAAGAUAAGGGUCGAAUUUUUUUUACAUUUAUUUACUCCUUGAAUUUGUAACAUUUAAAAAAUAAUUUAUGUUGUAAAUUUGUUAGUGUUGAUUGUGACAUUCAACCUAUUGCGUCACAGAUGAAUGGCGUUUUCAUUGUUCAUCAAAUAGGAAAUGUAUUGACAGACAUGUUCCUCGGGAACAAGAAAAGUUUGCAAUAUAAAAGAUAAAUAAAAAUCUGUUAUACAAAAUUAAUAUAGAAAAGACACAUUUUACAGCAGUUGCUAAAUAUUUCUUUGGUCAUUAUAAAUAAUAAAUUCGGUGACAUCGAUUUGACAAUAGAUUAAAACAAGUAACUAACCAAUAAAAAUAGAACAUGCGGUAGAGUCAACUGGACAUUUGAGAUUCAUUAAGACAUUGCCAGUCGGCCAAAGUUUGUCACAUGGGAAGGCUGCGUUCAGGUUGAAGCUAUCUGCUAUAUAAAGCUCAGUGUGAACAUGUUUGUUAAUGGGUCGAUCAGAAUAUCAACCAUUGAUGGCAACCAUGGUUGACAUGAUCGUUUCUCCUGAGCUAAAGAUGGUUGCUGGCAACACCAGCCUUUAGGGUGUGAGAGAUGUGCCUGGGCACAGGGCGCCAUGGCCAUGGGUCACUUGGGGCGCCCAGUAAAUAAAGCAUUGCAUGUGGGCGCCAUGGAAGAAAAGUAGAAAGUUCAAUUUUUAAAAAAUGUUGAUCUAAAGGCUGGAGAAAAAAAUGUCAUCGGUAGGCUGAUUGUGCAUACUGUCCAUGGUAGGCUGAUUGUGCAUACUGUCCAUGGUAGGCUGAUUGUGCAUACUGUCCAUGGUAGGCUGAUUGUGCAUACUGUCCAUGGUAGGCUGAUUGUGCAUACUGUCCACGGUAGGCUGAUUGUGCAUACUGUCCAUGGUAGGCUGAUUGUGCAUACUGUCCAUGGUAGGCUGAUUGUGCAUACUGUCCAUGGUAGGCUGAUUGUGCAUACUGUCCAUGGUAGGCUGAUUGUGGAUACUGUCCAUGGUAGGCUGAUUGUGCAUACUGUUCAUGGUAGGCUGAUUGUGCAUACUGUCCACGGUAGGCUGAUUGUGCAUACUGUCCACGGUAGGCUGAUUGUGCAUACUGUCCACGGUAGGCUGAUUGUGCAUACUGUCCACGGUAGGCUGAUUGUGCAUACUGUCCAUGGUAGGCUGAUUGUGCAUACUGUCCAUGGUAGGCUGAUUGUGCAUACUGUCCAUGGUAGGCUGAUUGUGCAUACUGUUCACGGUAGGCUGAUUGUGCAUAAUGUCCAUGGUAGGCUGAUUGUGCAUACUGUCCACGGUAGGCUGAUUGUGCAUACUGUCCACGGUAGGCUGAUUGUGCAUACUGUCCACUGUAGGCUGAUUGUGCAUACUGUCCACGGUAGGCUGAUUGUGCAUACUGUCCACUGUAGGCUGAUUGUGCAUACUGUCCACGGUAGGCUGGUUGUGCAUACUGUCCACGGUAGGCUGAUUGUGCAUACUGUCCAAAUACCAGUUAGCAAAACACUAUUAUGUUUAUUGUUUAAAAAAAAACACAUAGGUAAUAAACUCAUUACAGAAUAACUAGUUUUUCCUUUAAUGAUUCUGCUUAAAAUGCUGGGAUUUAUAAAAUUCUAAAAUGAUGAGAGUAAUGAGAACAAUAAUAGUAUUUUCAAAUGACUUGGUAGGACGUUCAAAAGUUGUUAUUUUUGGUGCACGCAUUUGAAGCAAAGCUUUAGUCAUCGUUCACAGAACAGUGUGCUUGAAAAAGCUAUUUAAAAUACGUUUUUUCAACACAAUAUUAUCUGCUGAAUGCUAUAAUAUUAUUUAAAUAUACGGAAAAAGUGUUGUAACAUUUUAAUAAACUACAGUUCAUUGUUGUGUGUAAGGACGGUAAACAUUCGAUUAGAAUUAACACCUUGUCAUAGUUCAGGGGCGUGCAAAUAAGGUGUGCUUUGGGGUACCUGGUCAUCUACAAUUCUGGGGGUUCUAUCAUGAAUUUUACUACCAACUUUAUGUUUUUAAUGGACAUCUUUUAAACAAAGUCUGUUUUUUAUCCAAACUAAAAUACUCUCUGCUACAUACUAAUAAAUAUUAGGUUAUUUUUGCACAUGGGAAAAAUAGUACAAAUUAAAAGUAACACCUUUUGAAAUACCUACACAUUUUAAUUCAAUUAAUUUAGAAAAUAUAUUGACUAUUUAUCUAAAUGAACAACAAAGAAGAAUGAAAAGCAGAAAAUAAAACUAAUAACUUAUCAGCGGCAGUAAGAAUGUUUUGGAAAUGAAACAAACAGAAGUUUUGACAGCCUCACACUGACUUUCUCCUUUGCAGUGACCAAAGCUGCUCUGGAAGAUUGUGUACAGGAAUGCCAUCCCAGUGACCAGGUGGACAUGGACACGUGUCCUUUAGGCAUGGAAUGUUCCCAGAUCGGAUGCUCACAAAAAUGCUUGCCAAUCUGUGAGUGAGCCAACUAUCUCUGUUAAAUAUUGGCGUAAUUUUCGACAUCCAACAUAUAGAUUAAAAUUUAGAACUUUAAAUUAAUGAUAACUUGUACGUGUUCGUUUUCAUUUCAGAUACAAUAAAAAGCUAAUAUUUUACCCAAAAAAUUAUUUCAUGCACAUAGUCUUCCUUGAGAUAAAAUUAUUUUUUAAUAACUCAAAUGAGCAGUCAUCGAAAACAAGUCUUGUAACUAAUGAAGUCAUGGAAGCUCAUUGUAAUAUAAGAAUGUCAAGAACCAUGGACGUGAUGUUUGUUAUUGAGUCGAAGGGACUUGACUAUAAAUAUGAAUUAUAUCUGGACAAUUAUUGUUAAAUAGACAGUUUUAGUGAUCAGAUUUGAUCAACUCAGUAGAGUUAAGCACAUGACUUCUUGUAACUACUUGUACUUGAUGACUCCACACAGUGACUGAACGUCAGAUAGCCUGCCUGAGACCAUGCAAUGCAGACAUGCUGCUCAGACAGCUUGGUUUCGGAUCCUGUAACCCUGGGUCAGUCUGUGUGUUUGACGGGCUGUGCCACACCUGCCUCCCAGUUACAGGUGAGCUCUUGAAAUCGAUACAAGAAAUCUGCUGGUUGUAUAAGGUGUCUCAUGUCUAGGACUGGAAAACGUCACAUCGCAUGACGUAAUGUUACUAUUUCUUAGAUAAGGUUUUCGUAAAACAUGGCUCCCAACAAUGUAUUUUAGCAUACACUUUGCAGCGACAUUUUUUUGUAAAAUCUUUAGGGAAAUCAAGUUUUAAACCGGUUUCUUCUGGGUUAACAUCCACCAGGCUGACUGACUUGACAUAGUAGAGUUAAGCGGCUGUUGAGAGAUUGGCCAAACGGAAUAUCCGGAUUUUCUAUUCAUAGAUCUCCGCCAAAAGAUGACAAACACUCAUAUAUUUAAUAUUUUAUAAUCUAAAAAUUAGUAAUUGUUACCUUAACUGUAUUUAUUAACAUUUUUUACCGUAACUGUACAUAUUAUACCAGUUACAGUAACUGUAAAUAUCUUAACUUUGUUAAAGCAACUGCGAAUUUUAUGCAUUCCAUCGUUACUCAAACUAAUCAAGGGUGAAGUUGAUCUUAUCUAAAAUGAGUGUGUUCGACUUGCGGAACAAAUGCAUUUAUUUCAUUGAUCUUAAUGACCCUACUGUUUUAUGAUUUGAAUGUCCAACCAUUCUCGUCCAGGACUACUUGGUACAUUGUAAACUGAAUGUGUCACGUGACCGAAACUGUGCUGACCAGGACAUGCGAGGGAUCUCCCCUAACAGGACCCUACAUCAGGCUCAGCUUACAAUAAAUAUUUGCAAACAAUUUUAUUUUACUGUUUUAAACGCAAUCAACUUUCAUUGUUUCUUCUUUAUUAAAUCGGUAUCAAUAUAUUUCUGUUUAUCGCGUCACUAAUCAAAAUAAGAUUAUAAAACUCUGUGAGCUUCUUUAUUUAGCUUUCUUAUCUUAAAUUAAUUACAUUACAUAUAGACGAAACAAGGUCAAGGUCAAAUAUUUAAAAACAAAUAGGUCAGGUUUUUUUUUUUACUUUACCAUUUUAAUAAAAAAAAAUUACUUGAUGA